GAGAUAUAUACAAGGAGUGAGGGAGUGAGAGGGAGAGAAGGAGAAGGAGAAAGAGAGACUGUUUGGGGAGAAAGACAGUGAGAAAGGAGAGGGCAGAGUGAGAGGGAAGAGGGGAGAGAAGUUACAACAAAGUUAACCCCUGGGAUGAAGUGGUGACUGAGAGAUAUAGAGAGGAGAGAUGAGGACAUAGAGAUUGUGACAGGGACAGACUCACAGUGUGGACAACCUGCACACCACAGAAAGGCAGUGAGGGGCUUUUGAACAGAGCCAGGAUUAUUUGGAGAAGCAAAGACAGAAUCACUGGAGCCUCCUCACUUGAUUAAAGCUGCCUCUUCAAUCAUCAGAGAGGACUUAAAGAGAGUGUGAGCAGACAGAAAGCUCUACAGGUGUAGCUGCAGACAGGUGGACACUCAGACAUGCUGCCUGUGCUUCUGCUCCUCUGCGUGGCUGGAGGAGUUUGGGGGUCCGCCCCCGGAGUGUGGGGGUACGGACGGAUCCAGGAGAGACAGGGGCCGGCGGCACCGCUGUGCCCAUCUCCGUGCCAGUGUGAAGAAGAUGGGAUCUUUGUCAUGGUGGACUGCUCGGAGUUGGGACUAUCGUCUGUGCCGAACAACCUCAGCCCUCUCACCACUUACCUGGAUCUGAGCAUGAACAACAUCAGUGAGAUCCAGCCCAGAGCCUUCCACCGACUGCACCUGUUAUCAGAACUGCGUAUCUCAGGGAAUCAACUGAGGUAUAUCUCAGGCCACGCUCUCCAGGGUCUCCACAACCUCAAAGUUCUGAUGCUGCAAAACAACCAGCUGGAGAGACUUCCUGAUGAUGCUCCAUGGGACCUACCCAACCUUCUGUCCCUGCGUCUUGAUGCGAACCUGUUGUCUGAGGUUCCGGCUGGGGCCUUCAGAGGGGUUCGCGCCCUAAGACACCUGUGGCUGGACGACAACUCCCUGACAGAAAUCCCAGUGACGGCGCUGGACUCUCUGCCCUCCCUGCAGGCCAUGACGCUGGCCCUCAACCAGAUCACACACAUCCCUGAUUACGCGUUCACCAACCUCUCCGCCCUUGUCGUACUACAUCUUCAUAACAACCAGAUCCAGAGCAUGGGCGCGAGAUGUUUUGAAGGUUUACACAGUCUGGAGACACUGGAUUUAAACUACAAUGAUCUGCAGGAGUUCCCUGUGGCCAUCAGGACACUGAGUAAGCUUCAGGAACUGGGCUUCCAUAACAACAAUAUCAAAGCAAUCCCUGAGAGGGCCUUCGUGGGAAACCCUCAGCUCCAAACCAUUCAUUUCUAUGAAAACCCCAUCCAGUUUGUGGGAAAAUCCGCUUUCCAGUUCUUACCUAAGCUGCACACACUCUCCCUUAACGGGGCAACCCAGAUUCAAGAGUUUCCCGAUCUGAAAGGAACCACCAGCCUGGAAAUUUUGACACUGACUCGGGCCGGUCUCUCAGCUCUCCCUCUGGAUCUAUGUGAGCAGCUGCCUCGCCUCAGAGUGCUGGAGCUGUCUUACAACCAGAUCGAGGAUCUGCCCAGCUUUUACCACUGCUCCGCACUGCAAGAGAUAGGGCUACAGCAUAACAAAAUCAGGAGGAUAGAGUCCAGCACCUUCCAGCAGCUCACCUCUCUGAGAGCUCUUGAUCUGAGCUGGAAUAUGAUCGAGUGGAUCCACCUGGAUGCGUUCGCCUCGCUUCACUCUUUGAUCAAACUGGACCUGACUGAGAACCGUCUCAGCUCAGUACCUGUUGCAGGUUUGGGGGGUCUCACCCAUCUCAAGCUGAGGGGCAACACAGAAUUAUACGAGGCCUUCAGUCCUGAUUACUUCCCUCGAAUGAGGGUUAUAGAGAUGCCUUAUGCCUACCAGUGCUGUGUGUAUGGUUCCUGUGAUAGCUACAAACCAGCCGGCCAGUGGGACACGGAGCAGAGCAAUACUGACGAGGACUUACACAAGAGGACUGUACCAGUGUAUCCUAUUCACGCCGACACAAACUAUGAUCCUGACCUGGAAGAGUUCCAACUAGAAAUAGAGGAAUCCAAACUACAGACCAGUGUCCAAUGCACACCCACUCCAGGUCCUUUCCGUCCCUGUGACUCUCUGUUGGGCAGCUGGCUGGUCCGUGUGGGCUUGUGGUCCAUCUCCUUGGUGUCUCUUCUGGGGAACUCCCUCUUGCUCUUGUCCCUCUUCGGCUCACCCGGCUACCUGUCGCCGCUCCGCUUCACCGUGGCCUGCAUGGGUGCUUCCAACCUGCUGACAGGUGUGUGCACAUGCACCCUGGCCCUUGUGGACGCUCUGACCCUGGGAGAGUUUGGUCACCAUGGUGCCCGCUGGGAAGGGGGUCCUGGCUGUCAGGCAACAGGAUGGGUGUGGGUGUUUGCAUCUGAGGCGAGUGUGUUGUUGCUGACUCUGGCAGCUGUGCAGUGUGGCGUGAGCGUGACAUGUGCCCGUGCCUACGGCAAGUCCCCAUCCCUUGGGAGUGUGCGCACAUGUGCACUUUUCUGCCUAACUCUCUCCCUCACCCUUGCUUCUCUCCCACUGGUAGGAGUUGGGGAGUACGGGUCCUCACCUUUCUGCCUUCCCUCACCCCUGCCGCCCCCAUCCUCUCGACUGCCAUCCUCCCUGGGCUUUCCCCUGGCGCUCAUUAUGAUGAACACUCUGUGCUUGCUUAUAGUCACAGGCUCAUACAUCCGUCUGUACUGGGAGUUACUUAGGGGAGAGUGCGAAGGCCUGUGGGACUGCGCUAUGAUUAAACAUGUUGCCUGGCUAAUAUUCACCAAUGGCCUCCUCUAUGUACCAGUAGCUUUCCUGUCCCUCUGCUCUCUCCUGGGUCUCCUCUCUCUGGGGGAGGAGGUGCUAAAAUCAGUUCUCCUGCUUCUCCAGCCCCUGCCUGCUUGCCUCAACCCCCUCCUCUUCCUCCUUUUCACAAGAGACCACGCCCAGUUUUUCUUCUGGCCUCACCCCAAAGCACGUCCACAGCUACGCCGGGACCGCACCCUGGACUCGCUGGUGUCUGUGGAGACAGAGAAGAGCUCCUGCUCCGACUCUUCGACACAGGUGUCACUCGCUGAUGCCCUUUACAGCGGGGGGUCCUCUCUUCAACCCCGACUGGAUCCAAUCAGGUUUUCCCACUGCUCCUCUACUUCCUCAGUCCCUCUCAUCCCUUGCCAGAUACCCACUCCCACUGCCAGAGAUAGAGACAGGGUGACAGAAGGAGAGGGGAGCCUGAGCGACGAUGAAUGUCUGAAGAGUUUGGAUCAAGAUGUGAUUCAUAACACUUGCCCUCUGUAUCACUCUACCAUGACUCCUUCCCUCACCUCUCAUCCGUGAGCCUCAAAGCUAGCUGUCUGAAUAGCUGGGACACUAUGGACACUAAAGGACCAUCAUUGACACAACAGCAGCAAGACCGGCUCAGUCCUCAAGCGCCUCACAAUGAGUCCACACAGAGACUGUAGAGUACUCUAGAGAAGCCUAUGAGAACACAACAAAGUGCCUCUGAAAAUGGAGAGUGCAACUUAAAAGUUCCCUUCACAGUAAAGACUAUUAAAGGAAACACCACAGCACAUGUCUGUUAAAAUAAAGGACAAUUUCAGACACUACCCAGGGGACUGUGUCAGUCAUGGACUCACAUGGCAAAAAGAAAGCUCAAGCAAAAGCUGUCAUGGAAAAUCUAAGCAUCGGACAAAUCAAUGGUUUAGCCAGGGGAAAUAAAGGUAGAACCAGUAGAAUUUUACGUGUAAAUGUUUAUACUGAAAUGUGAUCGUGAGACAUGCAGCUUAGAGGUUACAGAUUGUUUGGUUAUAUUUUAAGUGGACUUAUCUUUGUUUUAAUACAAGUUCUAUUCUAUUGCUUCAGUCUGUUUCAAAGAAAGGGAGUCAUUAUCAGACACACCGGGACAUUUUUUUACCAGAGUAAGCUAACAUUUUUCAUUCACAGAAAUGUUAUUGUCAGAUAUCUUUCUUUGCAACUGAGUAAUAGCCUUUAUGAGAAUGUUAUUCUUUAUGUGGCAGCAAAAAUGCAACAGGAAACAUGUCGCACAGUUUCAUACGGUUUACACAAUUUUGUCUCAAAUAUGCAAAUCUGCCUGACAAGAGGCAAGCGCUUAUACAGACUGAAUGGGAUGUAGCUAUCUUUCUACAGACGUUAGAGUAAACUAGCAAUAUGUACAUACAAUGUAACUACCUCUGAACUAGCAUGGUAUUGACUCACUACAGCCUUAUGAUGUCUGUCUCUCUUUUUAUAUGAUAAACAGCAAAUAUAUAAUUUUAUAUAUUAAGAAAUAAAUCCUUAGUUUGUAAAAAAACAAACCUUUGCUAUUUAGGAUGUACAUACUUUGUAUACAACUGGUAAGCAUAUGUUUGAAUAAAAUUAUCUUCAUACUGUAUAUUCCAUCU